AUGUACGCUGAGAUACUAACUAUUCUACUUUCUUUAGCAGCUCCCGCUCUAGGCCUAGGCCAUGAUGUUAAGGAUCAUCCUUACAGAACUUAUUCCACAGGUAAACACAUUUACGGUAACCAUAACUACGGCAACCAUCAUGUCGGAAACCAUCAUCACCUAACACACCACCAGUAUGGAAGUUAUCACCAUUAUUCAAUCCUUGAGUACUUUUUCCCAUGUAACGGACUUUGGAAUGCUGUAUUGGCAACUGUGUAUGUUGCCCUAGUACCAUCAUUAUUAGCUUACUUUGUACCAGGCUUGAGAGCCAAAGUUUCAAACAAACAUUCAAUAAUCUUGCCACUAUUGGCUUCUUUGGCGUUCGGUGCACUUAUGGGGGAUAUUUUCCUACAUAUGUUCCCCGAAAUAUUCCGUACCCAUGAGCUAGACGCUGCUGAACAUAUGAUUGAACUCAUCAAGCGCCCAGAUGAGAGGGUCGCAGCAGCUUUGAUAGCUAUGGCAGAAAAGCACAAUACCACAGCAAUUAUGGGAACCUCUAUUUUCGCAGGUUACCUUUUGUUCAUGGCCAUUGACAAAGCCUUGAGAAUUGCAAGUGGUGACAACUAUGAGUUAACUCGCUACCACGGACAAGGUCGUGUUGACGCUUUAAAGGCUGCAGGCAGCUCAGUACACAGUAUAAUGGAGUCUUUGGGUAACAAGGUUGAAAAGAGAAAGAGACAAGGUUCUCGCAAGGAAAGGAAUGCCAAUGAAAGCGAUGAGAGCUACGAACAUGAAGAAGUCCACGAAAAACAAGUCUCUCAACCCUCAGGCUCAUCUUCCCAGUCGUCAGAUGUACAACACUUGGAUUCCAGCACUUACGUUAGUCUUGCAACUGGUUUAGUUCAAAACUUCACAAUCGGACUUGCACUUGCCUCUUCUUUCUACACAAGCAAGCGCCUAGGUAUUGCUACCACUAUCGCUGUUUUAUUACAUGAAAUUCCUAACGGUCUUUACGACUUUACUACCGUUCUAUCUAACGGCGUCUCCAAUGGCUUUAUUAUCAAGAACCAAUUCACUGCUGUUGUUGGCGCGAUAAUAGGAACUCUACUAGGCUGCACUAUUAACGAAGCAGGUAGGGAGAAAUCUAAGUUUACUUUUAUUCCAGAGAUUGGUCUAGUCCCAACUAACCGUGCUGCUUACGCUAACAGGUUCCACGUCGCUUUCCGCGAUAUUGUGCUCCCAGUCACUGCUGGUGGUCUACUUUGCGUUUGCACAUUAAACGUGGGUGAAAGACUCAUAAAUAUUGGUUCUUCUAAAAACAAACCUAAGGAAAUCAAGAAGAGUCUUUUCCAGCUUGCGGCUAUUAUUGCAGGCUUCUCACUCAUGGCUGUAGUAACCUAA